UCCUUAGAAGGAUUCGGUAUCUAGGAGGUCCCAGAGCAUUUUGGCCGGGUGGCUACAAAAGCCCGCUUCCAUCUAUUCCUUUCUUCCCCAUCCCUAAAACCCUUCCUAAUUUUUGAUCUGUUUUUUCUACCCUUGUUUGUUUCCAUCUUUCUCAUCCAUCUCUCCCUUUCUGUUUCUACAUCUCAGUAGUUCAACAAUAAUCAAUUCUCUCUCUCUCUCUCUCUCUCUCAUACAGUUCCCUCAAAACAAUCUUGCUUCGGAAUGUGUGGCGGUGCCAUUAUCGCUGACUUUAUCCCUCGCAAUCGUGGCCGUAGAGUCACCUCUAAUGAUAUAUGGCCCAACUCAAGCUUCGCUAAGCUCAACAAUGGAAUCUUCGACCCCUUUGUCAGCCCAUUUAAUCACGAUGACUCUGCUUUCCCUAAAAGAUCCAUGCCUUCCUCAGAAGGUGCGAAAACAGAGAAGCCUGCUAAGAGGCAGAGGAAGAAUCUGUACAGAGGAAUAAGGCAGCGUCCAUGGGGGAAAUGGGCGGCUGAGAUUCGCGAUCCACGAAAAGGGGUUCGAGUUUGGCUCGGUACCUUUAAUACUGCUGAAGAUGCAGCCAGAGCCUACGACAGGGAGGCUCGGAAAAUCCGCGGUAAGAAAGCCAAGGUUAACUUCCCCAACGAGGAUGACAACUACGUUAUUCGUAAAUCUCAGCCUAAUCAAACCCAUUUUCGAAAUCCUAAUCCUUCCCUGUAUCCACCACCUCGCAAGGCUAAUUUCAAUUCUAGUUUCUCUGAAGGUUUGGAUUUUGGGUUUGGUUAUGAUCUGAAUCAGACUGGAACAUUUCCCUGCAGCAAUGGGUUCAAUUCCAUGGAAGGUGUGAAUCCGACCAUGCCAAUGGUUAUGUCUGGGGAUGAAAAUUCAGGGUCUGUUUCAGAGGAUGGUUAUGCUUCAACGGGAUUGCUUGGUGGCGGUCAGACCGCCAAUAAUGGUUGUUAUACUGAAACCAAGGUGAAGGAGGAAGAAGUAAAACCGACCAAGCUGGAGAUAACUGAGGAAAAUCAGGUCGAGAAUGAGGUUCAGAAGCUAUCUGAGGAGCUAAUGGCUUACGAGAACUACAUGAAGUUCUAUCAGAUUCCCUAUCUCGAUGGCCAAUCUUUAGCACCGAACCCGACCCAGCAGGAAAGCCUAGUUGGUGAUCUCUGGAGCUUCGAUGACGAUGACGUUCCUUCAUCUGAUAACUCAACGGCUCUGUGACGAGCGUCUUCAUAAUAUUUUGCGUCAUUUUAUUUUGUUUUGUUGGUUGUUUUUGUAAAUUGGAGUCGAUGAUUUUGGUCCGUAAGUAGUUCUUUGUAGAAUUUAAGAAUUUGAUGUUUCUUAAUUGUUAGAGACCAAAUGAACAACUUUGUGAAUUUUAAUAAUAUGAAAUUGUAUUAUUUUA